GUAUGUAAUUGGACAACACAAAGUGGUUUUAACUAAUCAUCAAGAUGAGUUUUCUAGCGGGAAGAUUAGCAGGAAAAGAAGCUGCUUAUUUCUUCCAAGAAUCCAAACAAGCCGUAACUAAAUUAGCUCAAAAGAAUAAUCAUAAUCAUAAUCCAAUAUCAAAACCCAACGUCGCCGAUGAACAACAGCACCUUCAAGAUCACGCCGACGUGCUUCCCGAAGUUCUAAAACACUCUCUUCCUUCCAAAUUAUUCAGAGACGAAACGGUGGAUGCCACGUCAUCAUCAUUCUCCAAAUGGGUUCUUCCUUCCGAUCUCAAACUUCGAUCUUCUGUAUCUCCUGAUGCUCUUAAUCCUCUUCGUGGUUAUGUUUCUUUACCACAAGUUACUUUUGGACCCAGAAGGUGGGAAAUGCCUGAAGCAACACAUGGGGUUUCGGCCUCUACAGCUAAUGAGUUGCGUCAGGAUCGCUUCGCCGUCCAUGUUAACCCAGAGAAGUUAAAAGCAGCAUCGGAAGGGCUUGCAAAUGUUGGAAAGGCGUUUGCUAUUGCCACUGCAGUUGUUUUUGGUGGUGCUGCAAUGGUAAUUGGUACGGUGGCCUCCAAGUUAGAGCUGCAUAACAUGGGUGACCUCAAAACUAAAGGAAAGGAUAUUGUUGAGCCACAACUUGAGACUUUUAAAAACCAAUUUGUUCCCAUUAAAAUAUGGGCUGAGAAUAUGUCAAAAAAGUGGCAUUUGGAAAAGAAAGAUGUCAAGCAGAAGACUAUUGUAAAAGAUCUAUCUAAAAUUUUGGGUGCUAAAUCAUCAUCAGAUUGAUAUUUUCAUUUUCAUUCCUUUUCUUUCUUUAAUGGCGACAUGAGCGAUAUGUAGAUAGUUUGGAUGUAGUGUGCCUUUGGCUGUUGUGGCUGUAGUGUAGAUGUUAAAGCUUGCUGGAAAAUGAAAAUAAUACAGUAUGUAUAUGUAGUAAUAAGAGGAAUUGUUUUGGUUAAUCCAACAAUUCCUUUGCUCUUUCAAGUAGACUAAACUAGUGUAAGGUUUUGAAAACCACAAUUUCUUGCAAUAAGAUGGUACCUAGUAAUGUGAGAUAAA